AUGUCAGUACAACUCUCAGAUCAUACGGACCCGAGCCCACCACCUUCUUCCAUCAAUGCUAACAGUUCUUUGGGCUCGUCAGCGGCUGCUGCUGCUAGUAGUAGUGAGUCGAAUCAGACAAUCCCAGUGCCCGCAACCUCGUUUGAAAGAUACAAACGACGAGACAUGAGUAAAGUGGUUGUGCGUUUUCGCGCCAUUGGGAAUGCACCUAUACUGAAACAAAACUUUUACAAAAUUACGGCGUCAAACCAAUUCAAAGCAGUGAUACAGUUUCUCCGUAGAGAACUAAAUUAUAAAGCUUCAGACCCAUUGUUUCUGUAUAUUAAUAGUGCUUUCUCGCCGGCACCCGACGAGAUUGUGUCGAAUUUACAUAAGUGCUUUAAUACCGAUGGACAUUUGAUAAUAAAUUAUUGUACUAGUGCGGCGUGGGGUUAA